AUGGAGAGAACCUGUGCAUUCUUGGAGUUUGCUGAAGAAUUGCAUGCUGAAUUCCAGAGGACAAUGUCACGCAAACUAUUUUUUGUUUUGGUCAUGCUGGUGUGCGCUGUUCCAGAAAACUAUGGAUAUAAAUAUGAUUCGGUCAUCGCCAAAAGGUGCAUCUAUGCAUGUGGAAAAGAAUGCUCAUUCUCGUCCAUAAGACGUGCGAAGAAUGGAGAGCUAUACUUUCCUGACGGGAAAUGCCGGAACUGCUUUUAUGACUGUGCAAUAAAAAAAGAAACUCGUACAAACUGAUCCAUUCCAAAUUCCGUACAAGAUAUGUCUUAAUGAGUCCGAGGAUCCUUUAUGAAUUUACACCUAUUCGUAUAUUUUUUUGCAAACCCGUGGGAGUAGAUGCUUUUGUGCCUCCGUA